GUCCCCCGCCUCCCGUCCCCGAUCAUCUCCACCCCAAGGUCCUCGCCCUUCCCCACCUAUCAUCGCUCGCCACGUGUCCAUCCAUGGCGGAGGCGACGGCGCAGGUCGAGGUUGUCUAUCAUCGGAGCAAGGCGGCGGCCGCCGCCGGUGCUGUUCUCAGCUGGUUUGGCUUCCUUUUCGGAGUUCUCGUCCAGAUCCUCAGGGGAACUCCAUCAUGGGCUCAGGUUCUCCUCUCCAUCGUCGGCAUCCGUGGCCGCUUCCUCUCCUCCUCCUCCUCUACGCCGGCCUUCAAACCCCUCCCCUCUGAACCCCCUCCGAGCCCUCCUCCUUUCGAGAAGCUCACGAUAGUACUUGAUUUAGAUGAGACGUUAGUAUGUGCGUAUGAGACUUCAAGCCUGCCUUCGAGUGUUCGUAACCAGGCAAUUGAAGCUGGUCUAAAAUGCUUUGAACUUGAAUGCAUAUCUGCUGAGAAGGAUGCUGAAGGAAAACCAAAAGUGAAUCAUGUGACUGUGUUUGAGCGUCCUGGUCUGCAUGAAUUCUUGCAACAAAUUAGUGAAUUCUCUGAUCUUGUUCUCUUCACUGCUGGUCUUGAAGGUUAUGCUAGCCCCCUUGUAGAUAAAAUUGAUAUUGAAAACAAAUUUUCCCUUCGUCUCUACCGGCCUGCAACAGUUAGCACGGAAUUUCGUGAACAUGUCAAAGACCUUUCCUGCUUAUCGAAGGAUCUCUGUCGCAUUGUUAUUGUUGACAACAACCCCUUCAGUUUCUUGCUGCAACCAUUGAAUGGGAUACCUUGUGUUCCUUUUUCUGCUGGACAACCUUAUGAUGAACAGCUCAUCAACGUUCUUCUUCCGCUCCUCAAACAUCUAUCUACACAGAAAGACGUCCGGCCAGUGCUACACGAGAGAUUUCACAUGCCGGAGUGGUUUCAAAAGCAUGGUAUCCCUCCAUCCACCCAACCUGUAUGAAAUGGAUGAAAUUGUUCUCUUAGAGCGCCUGAAUGGAAGCAAACCUCAACUGGUGACUCUACUGUACAUUAUGAUGAUCUUCUUAGAUGUUCUUCAAUGGAUUCAUCAACAGCCCUUUUUAGGAAUUGGUUAUUUCAUCCAAUGCCAUAGAAAUAAACUCUCAUCACUGUAUUUAUAUUCACCAUGUAAUUGUUCAUAUAUUUGGGAGAUUUAUGCCAUAUUUAUCAUC